GUCGCCUUCCACCACUUAUCUGCCACCACAUCACCACUUGGAAGUGUCAUAUGGUGUAGGUUACUCAAUCUGUUAAUAAUUGCUCUGUUUUGUUUUCAUCUUGUUCGUGGGUUCAAAAUAGUUGAACAUAUUUUUGUUUUGGCCUUAAAUAAUUGGGGUGUUCUAGCAUGAUAAACAAUUAACAGAGCCUGUGAAUGUAUGAGAACUAUAAAAAUUGUAUUACUCACUUGGUUGCAGAGAUACCUGAUUCCAGUUUUAAUUGAUCACUGAUUGAUGAAUUGGGAGCUUCCAUGCUGAUAAAAUUCUACUUUCUAUAUAUUUUGAAUCUAAAUAGAAAUAAAUAAUUUGUGAAUUGUUUUAUUUGUUCGUUAUAAAUAUGGGUUGAUGUAUUGCAAUUAUCAGAUUCUUGUACAGAUUAUUACAACCUGGUACCUAUGAAAUUAUCAUAGUAGAAUUAUUGACGGCUCUAAUUCUCAUUCCAAUUUACCAAAUGAAAGUUGUGAAUGUUGUACAUUGGAAUAUUCUCAUUGAAAUGGUAGCACUUUAGAUGUUGUUUAUUGCUAGAGGGAAAAAAAAUAAAAAAUAAAAAAUAAAAAGUAAAAAUAAAUGCUACAUGAUUAGGUGUCCUUUCAUUGCUGCGUCUCAUUGUCAUUCAUCAGCCCUCACCCUUCCCAUCCCAGGUGUUUAAUUCGCCAAAACCACCCAUUUUUUCUAAAGCCCUCUUCUCUUCUGCAUAGGGUUGAGCCACUGUUCUGGUUCCACAUCCACCACUACAACACACAUAAUCAUCUUCUGAAUGUUCAACCAAAAGGGUGUGCCCUUCAAUUCUCAGUACUUAACUUGCCUUCAGGUGUGAUUAUUUCUGGAGAGACUUCUAGAUUCUUCUGUAUAUAGCAAGGAAAAUUUGGUUUUGUUGUACCCUUGUGGACAUGGCUAUAGUUGAAUCAGUGGGGAAGAUUCCUUUGCAAGACCCACCUGAGGAGGAGUUCUAUGCUGCUGACUUGACUUGGACCAAGUUUGGCAAUGCUGAGCACCAUGACGAGGUUGCCCUUAUUCCCUAUGAUCGAGUUGAUGCUUUUAUAAUUGGUGAAUGCUCUAAUGUGGAGUGCCCAACUCGGUUUCAUAUUGAGAGAGGAAGGAAACGAACAAUUGGCAGCUUGAAGGAGUACAAGGAUGAUGAAUAUAUGGAGUACAGACUGUACUGGUGCUCAUUCGGCCCAGAAAAUUAUGGGGAAGGUGGAGGUAUAUUACCUAGUCGAAGAUAUCGACUUAAUACCCGAAACCGUGCUGCUAGACCUCAAUCAAUGCGGGGUUGUACUUGUCAUUUUGUUGUCAAACGUCUUUAUGCUAGCCCUUCACUUGCGCUUAUUAUAUACAAUGAAAGGCGCCACAUUAACAAGUCUGGUUUUGUCUGCCAUGGACCACUAGAUAGAGAUGCCAUUGGCCCAGGUGCCAAAAAAAUUCCAUAUAUAUGCAAUGAAAUUCAGCAGCAAACAAUGUCCAUGAUUUAUCUGGGCAUUCCAGAAGAGAAUAUCUUGGAGAAACACAUUGAAGGAAUUCAGCGAUAUUGUGGUUCAAAUGCAAAAGUCAAUAGCCUUGCUUCUCAGUAUGUCCACAAGCUAGGGAUGAUUAUCAAAAGGUCUACCCAUGAAUUGGAUCUAGAUGAUCAAGCCAGCAUCCGCAUGUGGGUUGAACGCAAUAAAAAGUCUGUAUUUUUUCAUCAGGAUAAUUCUGAGUCAGAUCCUUUCAUCUUGGGGAUCCAAACUGAAUGGCAGCUACAACAAAUGAUUCGUUUUGGUCAUCGCAGUGUCGUUGCAGCAGACUCAACCUUUGGUGUAAAGAGACUUAAAUAUCCCUUGUUCACACUUCUUGUUUUUGAUUCAAGACAACAUGCACUUCCUGUGGCAUGGGUCAUUACACGUAGCUUUGCCAAGCCUGAUAUGUCUAAGUGGUUGAAAGCUUUAAUUGAUCGAGCUCGUAGUGUCGAGCCUGGAUGGAAAGUCAGUGGAUUUUUAAUUGAUGAUGCUGCAGCUGAUAUUGAUCUAUUGAGAGAUAUAUUUUGCUGCCCUGUCCUAUUUUCACUAUGGCGUGUUCGUAGAUCGUGGCUAAGGAAUAUUGUUAAGAAAUGCAGUAACAUUGAGGUUCAGCGGGAGAUUUUUAAGUGUCUUGGGACAGUAGUGUACAGCAUUUGGGGAGGAAUUAAUACAUCACUUGCCUUGGAACAAUUUAUGCUGGAUUUUGUUGACCAGACUGAUUUCAUGGAAUAUUUUAGAGCGUCCUGGUUGCCCAAGAUUGAAAUGUGGCUUUCAACAAUGAGAAAUUUUCCACUAGCAAGCCAGGAAGCUUCUGGAGCAGUAGAAGCCUAUCAUAUCAAACUGAAAGCCAAACUUUUUGAUGAUUCACAUCUUGGAGCACUGCAAAGAGUAGAUUGGUUAGUUCACAAGCUAACAACUGAGUUGCAUUCAAGCUAUUGGCUUGACCGCUAUGCUGAUGAGAGUGAUUCUUUCCAGAAUGUGAAGGAGGAAUAUAUUGCUUCUACAUCAUGGCAUCGAGCACUUCAAAUUCCCAACUCUGCUAUUACCUUGGAUGAUAAAGACCACCGCUUUGCCAAAGUUGUGAGCCAGAAAGACAGCAGUGUAACACAUUUAGUAUGGAAUCCCGGAUCUGAAUUUGCCUUCUGUGAUUGUUCUUGGUCAAUGCAAGGUAAUCUCUGCCAGCAUGUCAUCAAAGUAAACAUGAUUUGUGAAAAUCUUCAAGGUUGUCAACCAUCCAUGUCUUUUCAUUCAUUUGAAGAGGUUUUGAUGGAUUUGUGGAAAAAACCAAUGGAUGAUUCAUUUGCAUUGGAUCUGUCAUUGGCUUGGUCCCACCAGAUGCUAGAUCAAAUCCAAAAACUUGUUGAAUUAAAUAAUUCUACUGAUAUUGGCACUGUAGUUAACAACAUGCCUCUGAAAUGGGUUUCUAAGAAAGAUAGAACCUACAUUGGCAAACCAUCAUCGGCAAGGUUGGCUCUUCCUUCUGGUAACAGUAACUCAAAAAGUGUUGUGCAGAAGAAGAAUCGGAAACGGAAAAGAUUGUCUCGAUUAAGAUGAGCAAUUUGGUUGGUAGUUAUGAAGUUUGAUCUGGGAUAACUCUGAUCAAUGCAGACUGGAUUUCAUUUAAAGAAUUCUGUAACUUUUAAAUAUCUGGCUUCCUAGUUCUGUUGCCUCCUCUUAUCUUUAUAGUUGCAGCAUCUACCAAGGAAUCAGCAUACAUCCUAUCCCGAUCAAAGAACAGUUAUUGCUAUAAUAAUAUGAGCAUGGUUGGUAGUCAGAGAUAAAAUGGUGGAAACAAAAGCAAUUCUGGUGCGUAUGUUCUGUUCAGCUUUAAUACAUGGAAAUACUUUUAGGUGUUGGGAUGGAGUAGUGGUCAAUUUUACUUAAACACUGGAAGCCAUUCUUUAGCCUUUCAUAAUUUUUUCCUCAUUUUCAUACGAUCAUAUGCCAGCAUAAUUAUUUAUUUAUUUAAUUUUUUACUUUGUACCAUCUCCACCUUUAGAGUUUAUAGUCCUUUCAAGUACUCAAUUCAUUGUGGAGGAAAGAUCAUUCCAUGGAUAAUUUUUUUUGGCUAUUAUGUUCUUGU